AUGGCUGACGCAGAAGACAUUCAGCCCCUUGUCUGUGACAAUGGAACCGGAAUGGUCAAGGCUGGGUUUGCUGGAGAUGACGCUCCCCGUGCUGUUUUCCCAAGUAUAGUUGGUCGUCCACGCCACACUGGUGUCAUGGUUGGGAUGGGACAGAAGGAUGCUUAUGUUGGUGAUGAGGCCCAAUCCAAGAGGGGUAUCCUGACUUUGAAGUACCCCAUCGAGCAUGGAAUUGUAAGCAACUGGGAUGACAUGGAGAAGAUCUGGCAUCACACCUUCUACAAUGAGCUUCGUGUAGCACCAGAAGAGCAUCCAGUUCUGCUUACAGAGGCUCCUCUUAACCCUAAGGCUAACAGGGAAAAGAUGACACAAAUCAUGUUUGAAACCUUCAGUGUUCCUGCUAUGUAUGUUGCUAUUCAAGCUGUCCUUUCCCUAUAUGCUAGUGGCCGUACCACUGGUAUCGUCCUGGAUUCUGGAGAUGGUGUCAGUCACACUGUCCCAAUCUAUGAAGGCUAUGCCCUCCCACAUGCCAUUCUUCGUCUCGAUCUUGCUGGUAGGGACCUCACUGAUUCCCUCAUGAAGAUCCUGACCGAGAGGGGCUACUCUUUCACAACCACUGCUGAGCGGGAAAUUGUCCGUGACAUCAAGGAAAAGCUUGCAUAUGUCGCGCUCGACUAUGAACAAGAACUCGAAACCGCCAAGAGCAGCUCAUCAGUUGAGAAGAGUUAUGAGCUGCCUGAUGGGCAAGUGAUCACCAUAGGCGCAGAGCGCUUCAGAUGCCCAGAGGUGCUCUUCCAGCCAUCCUUCAUCGGUAUGGAAGCUCCAGGAAUCCACGAGACGACCUACAACUCCAUCAUGAAGUGCGACGUCGAUAUCAGAAAGGACCUGUACGGCAACAUCGUCCUCAGUGGUGGAUCCACCAUGUUCCCUGGCAUCGCCGACCGCAUGAGCAAGGAGAUCACCGCGCUCGCGCCAAGCAGCAUGAAGAUCAAGGUCGUUGCCCCGCCAGAGAGGAAGUACAGCGUCUGGAUCGGAGGAUCAAUCCUUGCAUCCCUGAGCACAUUCCAGCAGAUGUGGAUCUCAAGGGCUGAGUAUGAGGAGUCUGGUCCAGCUAUUGUCCACAGGAAGUGCUUCUAG